UGUAACCCUUCAAUGAGAAUUGAGAAGGUUGUCUGGAGGAAGUUUCCUCCACCCUUUGGAGGAAAACAUAGCCCUUAAAUUCUUGGACGAAGAUGUCGUCCUGUUCUUCAAUUUGUGAUCUAAGGGAACUCAUUCUGAAUAUCCCAUUUCCUUGUGGUGCAAAGGUCCGUAUGAAACCAAUUCAUGAAAUCUAAUCUAUGUAUUUGGUUCUUUCAUGAGGAAAGGCUGUUUUGUUAAAAGCACCAGCUAAUGGCACCAGAGAAGUGAAAGCGAAAUAACUGAUGACCUUUGAAGUUUGUAGAAUGCGUCAAACACCGAUUCACAUGAAAAAAAUUGAUAGCACUAUUGCUAUAAUAUUUGGUGGUUGUCAAAGUAGAGAUUCUUGAUGUCGAUGAAGCAGAGGCCUCAAUAUAGCAAUGGCGUGUCCUCCUGCUUCAGAAUCUUUGUUGCUGGUUAAUUAGCCAUUCUUUAAAUUUCUGUAGAAUUGCCAUAUUCUCUAUCCUUUUCUUCGGAAAUGUCAGAUUCUAGUUUGAGUGUUCGCUCCAUACUUUUGGAGGAAUGCAGCAUAUGUACUAAGAAUUAAUUUUUGCAUGUCAAACCUCUACUUUGAGAGGCAGGAAAAAAUAACAUUCAUGCUUUGCUGGUGCUUAUGUCCUUUAAAUCCUCUGUCCAUUGUUUUUGCACCGGUAACAUCUCAUGUCUGCUGCAUUUUCUGACUAAUGAUUGGUUGCAAUGAUGCUACGUAAUUGAUAUCUCAACAUAGUAUUUGAGUGUCUUGUGAUUGGGUCUUGUGUUGGAUUUGCAAAAAACACAUCAUAGUAAUCUUUUCUCGUCAAUACUUCUGCAUCUGCAGAUCAAGGAAAAGUCAGUCUCUUUCAAUGGGAAGUGGUAUCACUGUGGUGGCGGAGACACUCUCUAAUUCUUACUGUUUCAAGCUAAUGAUUGCAGGUCCAUUAUGAAAUGUGCACAGAGCUUAUGAAGUUGGUUGAUAAAGUAUCGAGUGUUAUUCCACAAAUAGAGGCAGCUCGUCCUCGCUCAUCUGGAAUGCUUGCACUUUCCUCUUUAAUUUGUGAAAUUGAUAAAGCCAAGCAACUCCUCCACCACUGCAGUGAAUCUAGCAAACUCUACCUGGUGGGUACCUAUGAGGUUGUUCAACUCCAAAGUGAUGAGGCACUAACCAGUGACGCAAUAGCCAGGAGAUGUCAAAGAUCAAGGGAGCUAUUGGAGCGUGGUUUAGACCUAGUUCGAAAUUCGGUUCCAGUCCUGUUGGCUAUCAAGAUAUGUCACAUAAUUGACGAGCUUAGAAAUGCAAAGUUUGUUUUGGAUUCUUCUGAAAUGGAGGCUGGAAAGGUUCUUCGACAAUCUUUAAGGCUACAUUUAUCCAUAGCUGGUCCGAUGGAGACAUUGGAUAUUGGAGCAAUUAAAUUUGCUGCUUCAAAGCUUCAUAUCAUGUCUCAAAGAGCUGUCGUAACGGAGAAAAGAUCAAUCAAGAAUCUUCUCAGCAAAGUUGGUGACAGAAACCCAGCGAAGAAAGAGAGGUUGAAAUCCUUAUUGUAUCUCCUGGAUAAGUACGGAAACUCCAUCGUGGCAGAGCCACAAGAGAAUGCUGUCGCUCAUGGUGAUAAAACAAAUGAAUUUCAAACCUCCACAUCCAGCAGUGAUGCUAAAGCUGAUGUUCUGAGGGACCCUGUCCCUCCUGGUGAAUUCAAUUGCCCCUUGUCUAAGAGAUUGAUGUACGAUCCCAUCGUCAUUGCUUCUGGAGUGACAUUCGAAAGGAUGUGGAUCCAGAGGUGGUUUGAUGAGGGUUACGAUACAUGUCCCAAAACAAAGGAGAAGCUGUCGCAUCAGUUGUUGGCACCAAACAGUUUCCUGAAGCACGAGAUAUCAAAAUGGUGUGUAGAAUAUGGAGUUAGAAAUAUAGACCCGAGCAUACGAGCAGAAACUGUUUGCUCAUUGGAAGCUUCUUCAACAUCCAUCGACAGCCUCGGCAGUCUUGCUCAUGGAUAUGUAGAUUCCAUCUACAAUCCUGACCCUUCGAGUGUUAAAGUUCCAGAUGACCUAAGUUCGACCUCUAUUCAGAGUGAUGAUGAUGAUCAAAGAUGUGGAACUUCUAUACCGAGGACCUUGAGAUCUUUGGCAUUACUGCCUAAACUCAAAGAGCUUCAAUGGAAGUCCCAAUGUGAGGUUGUCGAAGAUGUCAAAAACUAUUUGGAUCGCGAUGAUCAAGCUCUUGGGUCAGUGCCAUUUGAGAAUUUUCUUACGCUGCUUGUACAGUUUCUUGUAGAUGCCCACGACCAAGGUGACCUAAAAGCUCAAAGGACUGGGUCACAAUUCUUACUGACAUAUGUCAGCAAAAAUAGGUAUGAAGUGACAUGUAUCAAGAAAAGUGCCUUCUCUCUCUUGAUAUCAUUGCUCGAUUCAGAAGUAUCUGAACAAGUUCUUGCCACGCUAGAAGUCUUGUCCACUCAUGAAACCUGCAGACCCGAGAUUGCCGCAUCAGGUGUUCUUGCCCCCAUCUUCAAGAUCCUCGGCUCUCAGAACAGACUACUUCAGGAAUCUGCACUCAAGAUUCUGAGCAAUCUGUCGUAUGAUUGCUAUGUCUGUCAUCAUCUUAUACACUUAGGAUGCAUCCCGAAGAUGGUCCCUUUUCUUCAGACUUCCCCUUUUAUGACGCUUGCCCUGACGAUCCUGAAAAAUCUGUGCAAUAGCGAAGAGGCAAGCACUUCCAUUGUAGAGACUGAUGAAUGCAUUGCUUCCAUUGCUGAAUUUCUAGAUUCUGCCAGUAGUGAAGACCAAGAAUAUGCAGUGGCCAUUCUACACUCGGUAUGCCGCGACCAAGAUCUAUACUGUAAGUUGGUCCUGGAUGAAAGUUUCACAGUUUAUCCUGCUCUAAUCAACAUAAAGACGAACGGCAGCGACAAAGCAAAGGCGAGUGCUUCCGAGCUGCUAAGGCUCUUCCGAGAUAUCGAACGUGAUGGCUUGUGAUCCGUGGCAUUCUAUGCCUUCUGAAAGGAAGGUGUUGUCAUUUUAGAAGACAUAAUUUCUCGAGCGACCAAGGUGUAACUUAAAGGUGCACCCUGAGGACUCUGCUCUUUGACCGUGCAGUGGUAGAUAAUCUCCAUCAACAUAAGAUAGCAUAGAAUUUUCUCAACAAAAGAUUUCUCAUCCCGGCAAGAUUCCGCGUCACUAGGGAUGGAUUCUUCUGCAAAUUUUGCUUAGGCCAAGUUCUAACAGUAGCCUUUGUUUUUUCCUCUUUCUUCUCGGGUUUCGAGCCAUGUAGAUAGUGUCCAUGUAGAUAGGAACCGACAGUGUCUGUGCUUCAGUUUUCUCAAACCUGUACUCGGUGGCGUUUGUACAUCUUUGAAUUGUUAUUUGCCUUGAAUCUGAACGCAGUCAUUGGAUGCUGAACUUUGUCA